GUGGGACACAAAAGGACAGGCCACACACUCGGUGCAGCAGUAGCGCAGAGGGGGCGGAGGCCGGGCAGCCAUGACAGUCUCCUACACGCUGAAGGUGGCCAAUGCCCACUUCGGGGGCUUCUCCAAGCUGCUCUUCAGGUGGAAGGGGAGCAUCUACAAACUGCUCUACAAGGAGUUCAUUGUCUUCGUCGCGCUGUACGCAAUGCUGAGCAUCACUUACCGGCGGCUGCUGACGGAAGAGCAGAAACGCAUCUAUGGGAAAGUGGCCCAGUACUGCAACCGCUCCACGGACUUCAUCCCCAUGUCCUUUGUCCUGGGUUUUUACGUCACGCUGAUCGUGAACCGGUGGUGGGCCCAGUACACCAGCAUCCCGCUGCCGGACCAGCUGAUGUGCGUUAUCUCCAGCUCCGUCCACGGGAAGGAUGAAAGAGGGAGGAUCCUGCGGCGCUCGCUCAUCCGCUACGCCAACCUGUCCUCCGUGCUCAUCCUGCGCUCGGUCAGCACCAGGGUGCUCAAGCGCUUUCCGACCAUGGACCACUUGGUGGAAGCAGGUGAGUUUGUCUCCGGGCCAGGGUGGAACACUGAUGCUGGGUUAGUGACAAGGCCAUGGCCAGCAGUUAGCUGCCUGGGGAGCAGCAGGUGCUGGAGUUAGGGUCAGCGGGGGGGUCAGCUGCUGGUGGGGGGCGCGUGCCCCAGCCUAACCCCUGCUUUCCCCGCUGUGCAGGAGCUGAAUCUGUACCGGGCCAAAUGCAGCAUGCUGUUCCAUUACGACUGGAUCAGCAUCCCGCUGGUGUACACGCAGGUGGUCACAAUCGCCGUCUAUUCCUUCUUCGCCCUGUGUGUGAUCGGGCGGCAGUUCCUGGAGCCCCUGGACACAGACCAGGACAGCGAUUUGGAUCUGUACGUCCCUCUGACCACCCUCCUGCAGUUCUUCUUCUAUGCUGGCUGGCUGAAGGUAGCAGAGCAGAUCAUUAACCCAUUCGGAGAGGACGACGAUGACUUUGAAACUAACAAGCUGAUCGACAGGAACCUGCAGGUGUCACUCCUCUCCGUGGAUGACAUGUACCAGAACCUGCCUCCAACCGGGAAGGACAAAUACUGGAAUGAAUCCACAGCUCAGCCGCCUUACACCAUCGCCACGGCCGCAGAGACCUUGAAACCUUCCUUCCUGGGCUCCACCUUCGAUAUGCGGAUGAGCGACGACCCAGAGCAGAGCCAGCAGGUGGAGGCCUCGCCCAGCCUGCCCCGCAUGCACACGCCCCUGCUCAACCGCUUCCUGACCGCGGCCGCCUCCCCCGCCAUCAGCCUGAAGAAUUUCGGGAGGAACAACCGGGCCCACCACCACCUGCUGCGCCUGAGGGGCGAGGGCGGCCUCCCCUCCCCCAACACCCGCCACCGCGAGGACCCCGAAUCGGUGGGCCGCAUCGAGGAGGAGACGACAGAAGAUGAGGCCAGCGAGCCCCCCACGCCUAGCACCCGCCUCAAGGUCCCCAGCCGGCUGGAGGCCUCCCAGAGGCUUCAGAGGGAGACCCCUCAAAUCCAAGUGAGACGGCCCUCCAAUGAGAGCAUCGACGGGGACCAGGCGGCUGCCUUGGGGUAGUGAGCUCCGUGCGCCUCAGCACUCCUCCCUCAGCCUGUGCCUGAGCGCAGAACCGGGCCCACUUGGCCUUGCCCCUGGCUAAGGGCCUGGUCCAAACCCCAGUGAGAUUAAGGGAGACUCUUGCUGCCUCAGUGGCCUUCGGAGCAGGCCCUCAGGGCAGAAAGCCAGACUGUAGCGAUCAGCUCCACUGCCACCAAGGGCUCAGCAAGGCGCAUGCGCUAGUCACCCGCUCCCCAUCACACCCCUCCCGUUGCCACUGCCCGACCGUUGGAUUCAGCGGAUGACAAAGACCUGAAUGGCAGGACACAGGAGAACAGUUCAUACAGGAAACUUAGACAGCUGUGAGACGCCUCUGGUUAGGGCCCCUAAAUCCCUCCCUCCCUCCCUCGGCUUUGCGAUGCUUUACUGCCCAUGUCCAGUAGUUUUCAACAAUAAAAAUGCAGAGACCUCAAACAUGUGUGACCCUGGGGGCAAUGGGGCUAAAGGAAGAUCUGCAGGAGGGAUUCUCCGCUGAAUUCUUCAGCCUUUCAGUGAGAGCUGCCGUUUCACUGAGACAUCCCAGACCCGUAGAGACGCGUCCGCCCACCUGCCUAGGCUGUUGUUAGGGCAGAAGGGACCGCUGGACCGACUGUGACCAUUUACACCCACACGCUAACCCGGGAAUUAGGUGUGUUCUUAAACAAAGAAUCAAAAUCCACAGUCUAUGGCUACGUCUACACUGGCAUGAUU